UUUGCGGUGUAUUUUGUUUUUUUUGGGUUGUAGCCUUAUAGCUGAUAUCACAUUAACAUAGGUAUUCUAGUCCAAUCAGAUACACUGAUCACAGCUUAUACAUUGUCUUGGUAGAUUUUCAAGAGACUAGAAUCUGUUUUGGAGCAAGCCCACCUCUGUAUUGUACUUUAUGCCGCCCGCUCCUUUGCGUUGUGGCCUGUGAGGGGACUCGAACGCACGGCGUUGCGCCUAGCUCAUUUCCAGAGCCGGCUUCUGUGGUUCAUCUUUCUACAACUGAGAUCAUGGACUCAGACGAGGGGUACAACUACGAAUAUGACGACGAAGAGUGCAGCGAAGACAGUGCGGCAGAUGAGCAUGAUGACGAUUUGGAACUUGGAGAUGUAGAAGGGGUCGAACAUGGACUUGGUGGAUCGGGAAGACCUGGGAUGUGCGGAGAAGGAGUAGGGGUCCUCGGGCCUGGUCCUGGUGGGGAAGAAGAUGAGGAUUAUCGAUAUGAGGUCCUCACCGCUGAGCAGAUUCUACAGCACAUGGUAGAGUGCAUUCGUGAAGUGAAUGAAGUCAUCCAGAACCCUGCUACUAUCACUAGAAUACUUUUGAGUCAUUUCAACUGGGACAAGGAGAAGCUAAUGGAGAGGUAUUUUGAUGGCAACCUGGAGAAGCUCUUCUCAGAAUGUCAUGUCAUUAACCCUAGUAAGAAGUCACGAACACGGCCCAUGAAUACGCGUUCCUCUGCCCAGGAUAUGCCCUGUCAGAUCUGCUACUUGAACUAUCCAAAUUCAUAUUUCACAGGCCUUGAGUGCGGUCACAAGUUCUGCAUGCAGUGCUGGGGUGAAUACCUAACUACCAAAAUCAUUGAGGAAGGAAUGGGACAGACCAUUUCUUGCCCUGCUCAUGGCUGUGACAUAUUAGUUGAUGACAAUACAGUAAUGCAUUUGAUCACAGAUUCAAAGGUGAAAUUAAAGUAUCAGCAUUUAAUAACUAAUAGCUUUGUAGAGUGUAAUAGACUUCUGAAGUGGUGUCCUGCUCCAGACUGCCAUCACGUUGUUAAAGUUCAGUAUCCUGACGCCAAACCUGUGCGUUGCAAAUGUGGCCGUCAGUUCUGCUUCAGUUGUGGAGAGAAUUGGCAUGAUCCAGUUAAAUGUAAGUGGCUUAGAAAAUGGAUCAAAAAGUGUGAUGAUGACAGUGAGACAUCAAACUGGAUUGCAGCUAAUACAAAGGAAUGUCCCAAAUGUCAUGUGACCAUAGAGAAAGAUGGAGGCUGCAAUCACAUGGUAUGCCGGAACCAAAACUGCAAGGCAGAAUUUUGCUGGGUGUGCCUGGGUCCUUGGGAGCCCCAUGGAUCAGCUUGGUAUAACUGUAAUCGCUACAAUGAGGAUGAUGCAAAGGCUGCCCGAGAUGCACAAGAGCGUUCCAGAGCAGCCUUACAGAGAUACUUAUUCUACUGCAAUCGCUACAUGAACCACAUGCAGAGCCUGCGAUUUGAGCACAAGCUGUAUGCCCAAGUCAAACAGAAAAUGGAGGAGAUGCAGCAGCACAACAUGUCAUGGAUUGAAGUGCAGUUUCUUAAAAAGGCAGUGGAUGUGUUGUGCCAGUGCCGCUCCACACUCAUGUAUACUUAUGUCUUCGCAUUCUACCUCAAGAAGAACAACCAGUCAAUUAUCUUUGAGAAUAAUCAAGCUGACUUAGAGAAUGCGACAGAAGUUCUGUCUGGAUAUCUGGAAAGGGAUAUUUCACAGGAUUCUCUUCAAGACAUAAAGCAGAAAGUACAAGACAAGUACAGAUACUGCGAGAGCAGGAGGAGAGUUCUGCUGCUUCAUGUGCACGAAGGUUAUGAAAAGGACUUGUGGGAAUAUAUUGAGGACUGAGCCGUCGCCACAGACCAACCUCUGUUGCCACCUGACACUAGAUUUCAAUGCCCAUUAAAAUGCAAAUAUGCACCCUGAGGCCGACCCUGCACAUUCUGCCGUCUCCCCAUUUCCUCUCUUCCUCUCAUCUCUUAUGCUCCUGCCAGACUUUUGGUUUAUUUUUAUUCCUUUUUUGUUUUGUUUUUUUGAAAGUUUAAGUAAAUUAUGUUGUAAUAAUUAAAGGAAAGCAGCUAGCAGAGGCAAUGGUUUGACAGUAUUGUAGGCAUGUUUAACCCCUUGCCACACAGCGACUGGCAAAACCUUGAUCUUCUUGGAAAAAUGUCUGACAAAGUAAUGCUGGUCCCUUUUGUUUCUAAGGGGUUAAAGUGUGUGCAGCCCCUCAGCUAUUUGCGAAUGCAUUUUCUUAACUGGCUUGCCCUAAUCAAGCUGAUUUCCCUUCCACUGCCCUCUACAGAAAGGCAGUCUCCUUUUUUUCCACACUUUUCCCGGUUGUCCCUUUCCACAUGUCUUCUUCUGUCCUGCGUUAUGCAAGUCUGUCGUCUUGCCACUGUUUAGCCAUCCUUCUCUUUUACCUAUUGUCUUCAGGCUAUCCCUGGCACCUUUUCUUACCCCGGGUUGGAGCUGAACAGCUUUGAAAAUUUGAAAAAAAAUAGAAGAAAAAUAAAAAA